UUCCGCCCCCUUCCUCGCCUCUCUUCUCUCUCGCUGAGGGCUUCCUGAAUUCAGUCUAAGGAAGGAAGGGGCCGCGAUGGCGGCGACCGGGUCGGGUCUGUCGGGUUUCCUCCUCCAACUUCACAGCGCCCUUCGGAGCCCGGACCCGAGCAGCGCCUCCCUUCUGGGCCACAGCUUGGUCCGGUCCUUGGCGGAGACGUGUGUCACCAGCAGCGGAGAUGGCGUCUUGGCUUUACAGAUCUCGUUGAUAUUUUCGAAAGAAGAUGGAUUACUUGCAUUUAUCCAUAAAUCUCUGAACUUUGAAGAAUUUCGAGACUGCAGAGAGGAAGCAUUAAAAUUUCUUCUUGCUUUUCUGGAAAAAACUGGACCAAAAAUUCACCCCUAUGCACAAGAUAUAAAGCGGAUGUGUUUUAGUGUUUAUACAAAAGAAAAAGCAGCAAAAUGCAGGGUCCCAGCCCUAGAGCUACUGAUAAAGCUUCUUCAGAAUUUACGAUCAUCAUUUGUGAUGGAAGACAUGAAAGUAGGAGAAAUAUUUAAUAAAUUCUAUGGUGAACUUGCUACAAAAAGUAAAAUACCUGAUACAGUUCUGGAAAGGAUUUAUGAGCUCCUCGGAAUUUUGGGAGAAGUACAACCUAGCGAUAUGCUUGACAACUCUGAAAAAUUAUUCCGAGCUUACCUUGGGGAACUUAAAACACAGAUGACAUCUGCAACGAGAGAGCCUAAGUUCCCAGUAGUAGCUGGAUGUUUGAAAGGGCUGGCUGCACUCAUGUAUAACUUUACUAAAUCCAUGGAUGAAGAUCCAAAAACUUCAAAAGAGAUAUUUGAUUUUGCAGUGAAGGCAAUAAGUCCACAGAUUGACUUAAAGCGAUAUGCAGUACCACUCGCUGGUCUACAGUUGUUUAGUAAACAUUCUGUUCAGUUCAGCACUUGCCUUCUGGAAAACUAUGUCUCGUUGUUUGAAGUAAUGUCUAAAUGGUGUGGCCACCAGAACGUAGAAGUGAAGAAAGCUGCUCAUUCUGCUUUGGAUGCUUUUCUUAAACAGAUCUCUGUGAUGGUUGCAAAUGAUGUAAAAAUGCACGAGAGCAAACUUCACUACUUCAUGGAACAGUUUUAUGGAAUAAUCAGAAAGAUGGAUGUUAGCAACAAAGAACUGUCCAUUGCUAUUCGUGGAUAUGGGUUAUUUGCUGCGCCAUGUAAAGCUAUCAGUCCAAAGGAUGUUGACUUCAUGUAUGUUGAACUCCUUCAGCGCUGUAAACAGAUGUAUCUCACUGAAACAGAAACCAUAGAUGAUCAUGUUUAUCAGCUACCAAGUUUCCUUCAAUCUAUUGCCAGUGUUAUAUUCCACUUGGAUGAGAUCCCAGAAGUAUAUACUCCAGUUCUUGAACGUCUGAUUGUGGUGCAAAUAGAUAGUUUCCCACAAUACAGUGUAAAAAUGCAAUCUGCAUGUUGCAAAUCCAUUGUAAAGAUUUUUUUAGCCCUGGCAGGCAAAGGCCCUGUACUCUGGAGUUUUACAGGCACCGUGGUGCAUCAAGGAUUAAUCAGAGUCUGUUCUAAGCCAAUUGCCUUUUCAAAGGAGUAUUCUGGGAAACAUAUUUCAAGUUCAGAAGAACAACCUGCAUCUGGACAAGUUGGAAGUGGGAAAUGGAAAGUACCUACAUAUAAGGACUAUCUGGGGCUUUUUCAAAGUUUACUGAGCUGUGACACAAUGAAGGACUCUCUAUUGGCAGAUGAGACUUGCCUGAUUAUAAAUUCACCACUACAAUCUUUAAAUCGUUUGCUGUAUGAUGAACUCAUUAAGUCUGUCUUAAAAAUAAUUGAGAAGUUAGAGCUUACCGUUCAAAAAGAGAAUAUUUGUGAACAGAAGGAUGGGAAUGAAGCUGCCAUUGAUCUCACUAUUCCUUCUUCUGAUCCAGCUGCAAACCUUCAGCCAACCAAACCAAAAGACUUCACAGCCUUCAUUAACCUUGUUGAAUUUUGCAAAGAGAUCCUCCCAGAGAAGCAUGUUGAAUAUUUUGGACCAUGGAUUUAUUCAUUCAGUUAUGAGCUGAUUAUGAGGUCAACACGGUUACCAUUUAUUAGCGGGUUUUACAAGCUGCUGUCCAUAGCAAUGAGAAUUGCUAAGAAAACGAGGUAUUUCGAGGGAGUUGGUCCAAAGAGUAUUAAAAAAUAUCCUGAAGAUCCAGAGAAAAGUUCCUGUUUUGCAUUAUUUGCCAAGUUUGGAAAAGAGGUUACAGCAAAAAUGAAGCAGUACAAAGAUGAGCUCUUAGCUUCUUGUUUGACUUUUGUGCUCUCUUUACCACAUGAUAUUAUUAUGCUGGAUAUUAAAGCAUAUAUUCCUGCUUUGCAGAAUGCUUUUAAAUUGGGACUUAGCCACACUCCAAUAGCUGAUGUGGCACUGGAUGCACUGGCGGAUUGGUCAGCCCAUAUUCCCAGAUACGCAAUCCAGCCUUACUACAAGGACAUCUUGCCUUAUCUUGAUGGUUAUUUGAAAACCUCUACAUCAAUAGAUGAAAGUCAGAAUAAUUGGGAAGUGAAAAAACUUUCUCAGGCAAUCCAGAAGGGACGUAACAAAGUAGUAAUACAGCAUCUGAAGAAAGCAAAGACGAAUGCAUUGGAAGAGGAUCUUUCACUAGAAAAAGUAAGAACCAGAGUUGUACGCCUUCUUGGAUCUCUUGGAGGGCAAAUAAAUCGGAAUUUGCUUACAGCUUCUUCUGCAGAGGAAAAGAUGAAAAAAUAUGUAUCUUGGGACACAGAGAAACGACUGAGUUUUGCAGUUCCAUUUGCUGAUAUGAAACCUGUUAUCUACCUGGACUUAUUCUUGCCUCGUGUCACUGAACUGGCUCUUUCUGCUAGUGACAGGCAGACAAAGGUUGCAGCUUGUGAACUUUUGCAUAGCAUCAUUAUAUAUAUGUUGGGAAAAGCUUCUCAAAUGCCUGAAGGACAAACGAUUUCUCCGCCCAUGUCUCAGUUACAUAAGCAUAUAUUUCCAGUACUGCUUCGACUUGCCUGUGAUGUUGACCAGGUUACAAGGCAGUUGUAUGGGACUUUAGUUAUGGAGUUAAUUCACUGGUUCACAAACAACAAGAAGUUUGAAAGUCAGGAUACAGUGACGUUACUAGAAGCAAUUUUGAAUGGAAUAGUGGACCCUGUAGACAGCACUUUGAGGGACUUCUGUGGUCAGUGUGUCCGUGAAUUUUUGAAGUGGUCUAUUAAACAGACUACACCGCAACAGCAGGAGAAAAGUCCAGUGAAUACCAAGUCUCUUUUCAAGAGAUUGUACAGCCUUGCUCUCCAUCCCAAUGCUUUCAAGCGGUUAGGAGCAGCACUUGCCUUUAAUAACAUCUACAGAGAAUUUAGGGAGGAGAGUGCUCUUGUGGACCAGUUUGUGUUUGAAGCACUGGUUGUGUAUUUGGAAAGUCUGGCUUUGACCCAUGGAGAUGAAAAAUCAUUAGGCACAACCCAACAAUGUUGUGAUGCUAUUGACCACCUGAAGCGUAUAAUUAAGCAUAAAGCAUCUAUCCUUAACAAAGAAAGUAAUCGGAGGUUACCCCGAGGAUUUCCAUCUACAUCAAUAUCUUUAGUGGAUGUAGUCAUGUGGCUUUUAACACAAUGUGGACGACCCCAAACUGAGUGCCGGCAUAAGGUCAUGGAGCUUUUCUUUGAAUUUGUUCCAUUAUUGCCAGGAAACAAGACUCCAUCUGUUUGGUUGGGCGAUACUCUUCAGGAACAAGGAAUUUCUUUUCUCAUAAAAAAAUUUGAAGGAGGUGGCUAUGAAGGUGAAAAUGUAUCUGGAAUCUUGUCUCAUCCAACUCUUCAUGAUCUACAAGAGACCUUUAGUUUGCGAGCUGUACUGCAAUGGAUGGAUAUGCUUCUUGCUGCUCUGGAUUGUUACAAUACCUUUAUUGAACAGAGGAUAAUCAUACCAAAUGAAAUAUUAGGUACAGAUGCAGGGUCCUCAUUUUUGAUGUCAUUGGAGUUCUUUCUUGGAAAAAUCGCAUUGCAUGAUGUGUCUGGGGCAGAACGAUGUUUUAGCACAGGGUCCAAAGGCAACAUUUUUAGUCCACAAGAAAGAGAAGACUACAGUUACAGCAAAUGUACCAUUAUAGUUCGAAUUAUGGUUUUUGCCACCAUGAUUUUGGAUACACGCCAGCAGGAUUUCUGGAAGCUACUUGAGGAACAGUUAUUUAAUGAGGAUUUAACGGAACUGGUUGUGAGAACUGUCUGCCACCCAAAAGACACAGGCUUUAAUGUUGCUGAUGUACAAGUUAUGGAAAACCUCCCAAAUGUCUGUGUGAAGCUAAUGAAAGCUUUGAUGAAAUCUCCGUAUAAAGAAUCCUUAGAAACCAGCAUAAAGAAAAUAAUAACAUCCAAAAGCAUUGAGGAACUUUGUAGUGUUGAACUCUACAAUCGAGAGGCCCUGCUGGAUCAUUUUAGACUUGGUUCCAUUCUGUCUGCAUGUAAGCAGCUUCACAAGGCUGGUUUGAUUCACUGUACCUUGCAAUCUAAGGGUGCAGAUAUACAUUGUGAGAUCGGUUCAAGGCUCCUGCUAGUUGUAUACAAAGGUAUUGCACCAGGUGAUGAACGGAAAUCCCUUCCCUCAUUGGACAUCAACAGUAAACAAUUGGCUGAGGGACUGUUGCAGUUGGCCUUUGCUUUUGGUGUCCAGUGUGUGGAGCUUGUGAGUCUCUUGCUGAACUCACUGAUGUUAUCUGUGCCAUUAUCUGGAGCAUCCCAGAAAAAUCUUAUCAGUUUUUCUCAUGGAGAAUAUUUCUACAGCUUGUUUUUGGAAACAAUAAAUAGAGAGUUGUUGAAAAAUCUGGAUGCAGCUGUACUUCACCUUAUGAAGUCUGCAGGAGACAGCCCCAAAAUGGUUGGUACUGUUUUGAAUGGUAUGCUGGAUCAAAGCUUCAAAGAGAGUGCUGUUCGGAAGCAACAAGGAGUAAAACUAGUGACUGCUAUAUUAAAGAAUUGGAAACAGCUUGAUCACUGGUGGAGCAAAGAUGCUGCUCCCGAAAGCAAAAUGGCUGUCUUAACUUUACUUGCUAAAGUUCUGCAGAUUGACUCUUCUGUAGCAUUUAGUAUACAACAUGAAGCAUUUUCAGCUGUAUUCCAUACAUAUACAAGUCUUCUUACUGACCAGAAAUUGGGCCUGAAUCUUAAAAGUCAAGCAGCUAUUAUUCUUCCGUUCUUCACCAAUCUUACUGGAGAAAGACUUGGUGAACUUAAAAAUGCACUUGAUCAACUUGUAGUAUUCAAUUUUCCUUUGAGAUCUGAUGAAUCUCCCAAAGGAACCUUAAAAUACAACAACUAUGCAGAUUGCAUUAAAAAGUUUCUAGAUGCACUUGUAUUAUCCCAGAGUCCCAUAUUAUUGCAGUUGAUGACAGAAAUUCUUUGCCGGGAUCGCAGGCAUGUAAUGGAGGAAUUGUUUGAAAUCAGCUUCAAAAGAAUUGCCAGAAGGGGUAGUUGUGAUAAACAAGUGAUGCUGCUGGACUCAGUGCACAAAAUGUUCCAAAGUGAAAUCCUGUCAAAUGCAACCCGCCAAGCCUAUAUAGAUCGUUCUCUGCUCACCUUACUACUUCACUGCAACUUGGAUGCAUUGAAAGAAUUUUUAAAUAAAAUUGUUGUGGAGGCUAUGGAUACAAUAAAGUCCAGGUUUACAAAGUCAAACGAACCUGCUUUCGAAACACAACUCACCAAGAAAAUGAGCUACUUCAAGAUUUUGGAAGUGAUGUAUUCACGUCUUUCCAAGGAUGAUGUAUAUUCUAAAGACUCUAGAAUUAACCAAGCCUUUCAGGGUUCCACUUGUGUAGAAGGAAAUGAACUUACAAAGAUUCUAAUAAAGUCCUGCUAUGAUGCUUUUACAGAAAACAUGUCAGGAGAAUCUCAACUGUUGGAAAAGAGAAGACAGUAUCAUUGUGCUGCCUAUAAUUGUGCCAUUGCUGUGGUCAGCUGUGUGUUCAAUGAAAGUAAAUUCUAUCAAGGCUUUCUUUUCACAGAAAAACCAGAAAAGUCUCUCUUUAUUUUUGAAAACUUGUUGGAUUUGCAACACCAUUACGUAUUUCCCAUUGAGAUUGAGGUUCCUCUGGAAAGAAAGAAACGGUAUAUUGCCAUUAGGAAAGAAGCCAGGGAAGCAGUGAGUGAGGAUUCAGCUGAACCACAUUAUUUAGCUUCUGCGUCAUAUAUGGUAGAUAGCAGUCUGAGUGAAGAAAUGAGCCAAUUUGAUUUCUCAACUGGAGUACAAAGUUUUUCAUAUCAGUCACAAGAUUCUUGGGCCUCUGGUUCUCGCUUCAGAAGAAAGGAGCCCACAGAAUCUGAGGCUCUGGAUGAUGUUAUGGAACUGGAAAUGGAUGAACUCAACCAGCAUGAAUGUAUGGCGUCAAUGACUACCUUGAUUAAACAUAUGCACAGAAAUAACAUCAUGCCUGCAGUAGAAAAAAGCACAGAUACACCAGAUCUUCCUCCAUGGAUGAAGUUUUUGCACAACAAACUGGGAAAUCCAUCUAUACCACUGAAUAUUCGUCUCUUUGUGGCAAAACUCAUAAUGAAUACAGAAGAGGUUUUCCAACCUUAUGCAAAACAUUGGCUUGGCCCCUUACUGCAGCUGGUUGUUUCUGGAGAUAAUGGUGGAGAAGGAAUUCAUUACAUGGUGGUAGAGAUAGUAGUCACUCUACUUUCCUGGACUAGUGUUGCUACACCCAAAGGAAAUAUCAAGGACGAAGUCCUAGCAAACAGGUUGCUUGAGUUCCUGAUGAAGAAUGCAUUUCAUCAAAAAAGAGCAGUAUUUAGGCAUAACCUAGAGAUCAUCAAGACACUAGUAGAGUGCUGGAAAGACUGUCUCAUUGUACCUUACAAGAUAAUAUUUGAACACUUUUCAGGCAGUGAUCCAAACACCAAAGACAACUCAGUGGGAAUUCAGUUAUUAGGAAUUGUUCUUGCUAACAGCUUGCCUCCCUAUGAUUCAAAGUGUGGAAUAGAUAGCAUAAGAUACUUCCAAGCUUUGACAAAUAACAUGGCCUUAGUAAGAUACAAGGAAGUAUAUGCAGCAGCUGCUGAAGUACUAGGACUUAUUCUUCAGCAUAUUGCUGAAAAAGAAAAUGUAUUGGAAGGUCCAGUUUAUGACUUAGUCAUAAAGCAACUAAAGCAACACCAAAAUACCAAAGAUGAUAAAUUCAUUGUGUGCUUGAAUAAACUGACAAAGAACUUUCCACCGCUUGCUGAUAGGUUUAUGAAUACUGUCUUCUUCCUGAUACCGAAACUUCAUGGGGUGAUGAAAACAUACUGCCUGGAAGUAGUGUUGUGUCGUGCUCAUGAAAUAGAAGAUUUAUACUUACAGUUGAAGAGUAAGGAGUUCACACAGAUCAUGAGUCACCGAGAUGAUGAAAGACAAACUGUAUGUUUGGAUAUAGUAUACAAGAUAUUGCCUAAGCUGAAACCAAGUGAAGUAAAAGAUCUUCUUCCUACAGUAACAGGCUUCAUCUCUCAUCCUUCACCAUUAUGUAGGGAGCGAAUGUAUGACAUUCUCAUGUGGCUCUAUGAUAACUACAGGGAUUCUGAAAGCCAGGCCGAUGCGGUGUCUUCUGACGUAUUUCAGGUGGCAAAAGAGAAUUUGCUUCAAGGAUUGAUCGAUGAGAAUUCUGGACUGCAAUUAAUUGUUAGAAAUUUUUGGAGUGAUGACACUAGGUUACCAGCCAAUACCUUUGAUCGCAUGUUGAUGUUGUUAAGUUCCUUAUAUUCUGUCAAAAUUGAAACACAGUAUUUGAGUUUAGCUACAAAUUUUCUUCUUGAAAUGACCAGCAAGAGCCCCGAUUAUUCCAGAAAGAUGUUUGAGUACCCACUUUCAGAAUGCAAAUUUCAGGAAUUUGCUAUUGACUCAGAUUGGCGGUACCGAAAUACCAUUCUUACCCCAAUGUUUGUGGAGACCCAAGCCUCCCAGAGCGCCAACAGACAUCGCUCACAGGAAGGAUCAAUGGGGGGACAAAUAAGGGCCACACAACAACAGUAUGAAUUUACCCCCACCCAAAACGUCAGUGGGAGAAGUUCCUUUAACUGGCUAAUAGGAAGCAGUGUUGACACCCUUGCAGAGUAUAGUGUUCCUUCAUCUUCUGAAUCCCUAUCUUCAUCCAUGCUCCUUAUUAACAAACGGGUUGCCAGAUCACACGGAGUUGCCUUCAAAACUUUAGGUCCUAAUUUUGGAAAGAAAAGGCUAGGCUUGCCCGGGGAUGAAGUGGACAGCAAAGCCAAAGGUAUAGAUGAACGGGCAGAAAUACUGCGACUGCGGAGACGCUUUUUAAAGGAUCAAGAAAAACUUAGCUUGAUUUAUGCAAGGAAGGGUGUUGCUGAGCAGAAACAAGAAAAGGAAAUAAAAACUCAGAUGAAGAUGAAACAAGAUGCUCAGGUCACUCUCUACAGAAAAUACAGACAAGGUGACCUCCCUGACAUCCAAAUUGAAUAUAGCAGUCUGAUCACUCCUCUGCAGGGGGUGGCACAGAGGGACCCUACAUUGGCCAAACAUCUUUUCAGCAGUUUGUUUAGUGGAAUUCUAGAAGAAAUGGAAAAAUCCAAGUCUCAGUUUGAGAAGAACAGUAUCAUUCAGCAAUUGAUACAGGACUUCAACCACUUUCUGACUGCAACUGUGCUGUAUUUCCCACCAUUCAUAGCCUGCAUCCAGGAGAUGAGCUACCAACACAAAGAGCUUCUAGACCUUAAUGCUUCUUCUGUGAGUACAAGCUGCUUAGCAAGUUUACAGCAACCAGUAGGAAUCUUGCUGCUUGAACAAGCUUUAGUUUGCCUUUCUCCUCAAGAAGAGGAGGAAGAAGGGCCACCCUCCAAACGGAUGCGCGGGAAGAGAGAAGUGUCACCUGAUGUGAACAGAUGGAUUGAACUUGCCAAGCUUUAUCGGUCCAUUGGAGAAUAUGAUGCGUUGCAAGGUAUUUUUAGUGGAAAGAUUGGCACGAAGGAAAUUACCCGGAAAGCUUUAAUAGCUGAGGCAAGAAGUGAUUAUGCUGAAGCAGCAAAGCAUUAUGAUGAGGCACUUUCUACCCAAGACUGGCCUGAUGAAGAACCAACAGAAGCAGAAAAAGAUUUUUGGGAACUUGCAUCUCUGGAAUGUUACAACCGUCUGACUGAAUGGAAAUCUUUGGAAUAUUGUUCAACUGUUAACAUCGAUAAUACACAGCCUCCAGACUUAAAUAAAACAUGGAGUGAUCCAUUUUAUCAGGAAGUGUAUUUACCAUACCUGAUUCGUAGUAAGUUGAAGGUUCUCCUUCAUGGUGAAAACGACCAGUCCUUACUGACAUUUAUUGAUGAAGCUAUGAAGACAGAACAGAGGAAAGCUCUUAUAGAAAUGUACUACAGUCAAGAGUUGAGUCUUCUCUACAUUUUGCAGGAUGAUUUUGACAGAGCAAAAUACUAUGUCAGCAAUGCUAUGCAGGUGUUCAUGCAGAGCUAUUCCAGUAUUGAUUCACUGUUGCACCAGAGUCGACUUACCAAGCUUCAAUCAGUUCAGGCUCUAACGGAAAUACAAGACUUUAUUGACUUUAUCACCAAACCAGGUAAUAUAGCUUCUCAGGCUUCCCUUAAGCGACUCCUCGGUAUUUGGACAAAUAGAUAUCCAGAUACCAAAAUGGAUCCAAUGAACAUUUGGGAUGAUAUAAUCACAAAUCGGUGUUUCUUCCUUGACAAAAUUCAGGAGAAACUUCCUAACACACAUCUGGAUGACAGUAUGGAUGUGGAUGGUGCGGGAGAUAGCAGUUUGAAAAUGGAAGUGGACAAUGAAAUGGAAGAUGCAUGUUCCAUGAUUAGAAACUGCAAAUUUACCAUGAAGAUGAAGAUGAUAGAGAGUGCACGGAAACAGAAUAGUUUUUCGGUAGCCAUGAAACUUCUGAAGGACCUGCAUAGAGAUUCCAAGACUAGAGAACAGUGGCUGGUGAGAUGGAACCACAGCUAUUGCCAGUAUAGCCAUAGUCGUAGCCAGAGUCAAAGCAGCCCUGAACAAAUCCUUACCGUACUCAAAACAAUUUCCUUAUUAGAUGAGACUAAGUCUGGCAGCCUGAGUGCACACAACUUCCGCAACCAAAACCUCCUCCUUGGUACCACUUUCUACAUUAUGGCCAGUGCGCUUUGCAAGGAUCCAGACUGUCUUCGCCAAAUUGAAGAAGAAAAAGCCAAAACAGUCUUAGUGCUUUCAGGAGAAAGACCUGAUAACAUUGAAAAGGUUAUUGCUGGUUUGAACAAGAGAGCUUUUCAGUGCUUCAAAGGGGCCAUGAGGAAAGCUGAAGAAGAGGUGCAGUCCAUUUCAACCGAUCACAUGGAUACGAAUGGCAUUAUAAAUGCUUACAUGACAUUAGCUAAUUUCUGUGACAGACAUCUUCGUAAAGAAGAAGAAGAAAGAUCAGCAAGUAUAGAUGCUGUGGAUUUGCAGGCUUUCCCAGGCAUUCUAGUAGAGAAAGUAAUAAAGGCUUUAAAACUCAAUUCAGAAGAAGCCAGAUUAAAAUUCCCCAGACUAUUACAAGUUGUAGGGAAGUAUCCAAGAGAGACAUUAGGCCUCAUGGUACAAGAGAUUUCUUCAGUUCCUUGUUGGCAGUUUAUUGGCUGGAUCAGUCAGUUGAUGGCUGUGCUUGACAAGGAGGAAGCGCGCGCUGUGCAGCAUACGGUGGAAGAAAUUGCCAACAAUUACCCACAGGCAAUCGUGUACCCCUUCAUGAUCAGCAGUGAAAGCUUUUCUUUCCGUGAAACCAUAACAGGCCAUAAGAAUAAGGAAUUUGUAGAAAGGAUAAAGAGCAAAUUAGAUAAAGAAGGAGUGGUGCGGGAUUUUGUACAUGCCUUGGAACAACUUUCCAGUCCUAUGAUGCUUUUUAAGGAUUGGACUGAGGAUAUCAGGAAUGAAUUGGGAAAAACUAAGAUAAAUAAAAAUAACAUUCAACGGUUGUAUGAUGGAAUGUACCAGAAUUUGGGAAAUCUACAAGCCCCAGGACUUGGGUUGUACAGAAAGCAAUUUAUUAAGAAAUUUGGGAAGGAAUUUGAUAGUCAUUUUGGAAGAGAAGGUUCCAAGCUGCUAGAUAUGAAGAGCAGUGACUUCAACCCAGUUGCAGACUCUCUUCUUUCAAAAAUGAGAGAAUGUCAGAAAGAACCUGGGAAUCUGAAAGAAUGCUCUCCUUGGAUGAGUGAUUUUAAGUCAGAAUUUUUAAGGACAGAGCUUGAAAUUCCUGGACAAUAUGAUGGUAAAGGAAAGCCAUUGCCAGAAUACCAUGCCAAAAUUGCUGGAUUUGACGAGCGGAUAAAAAUAAUGGCAUCUAUCCGGAAACCAACACGAAUAAUAAUCAGAGGCAGUGAUGAGCAGGAAUAUCCCUUUCUUGUGAAAGGAGGAGAAGAUCUCCGGCAAGACCAACGCAUUGAGCAGCUCUUUGAUGUUAUGAAUACUAUUCUUUCACGGAAUGCUGCCUGCAGUCAAAGGAACAUGCAGUUAAAAACUUACCAAGUUAUACCAAUGACUACUAGAAUUGGACUGAUUGAGUGGCUUGAGAACACUUGUACUUUAAAGGAGUUCCUCAUGAACAGCAUGUCUGAAAAGGAAAAAAAUGAUUAUAACAGCCCUGCAGGUCCUCACGCGGAUUAUAGUGAUUGGCUAACCAAGAUGGGGAAUACAAAAGGAAUUGGACGCUACAUGCCAAUGUUCAAAAGAGCUAGUCGUACAGAAACAGUGUUGUCUUUCCAACGUCGAGAGAAUCGUGUUCCUAAAGACUUGCUAAGGAGAGCCUUUGUUAAGAUGAGCACAACUCCAGAGGCUUUGUUGUCUCUGCGAUCCCAUUUUGCCAGCUCCCACGCAUUGAUGUGCAUCAGCCACUGGAUUCUUGGCAUUGGAGAUAGACAUUUAUCCAAUUUUAUGAUCAACAUGGAAACAGGUGGCAUGGUGGGAAUAGACUUUGGGCAUGCUUUUGGGUCAGCUACUCAGUUCCUGCUUGUCCCAGAGUUGAUGCCUUUCCGUUUGACUCACCAGUUCAUUAAUUUAAUGUUGCCCAUGAAAGAAUCGGGCCUCCUCUACAAUGUGAUGCUGCAUUGCUUGCGAGCCUAUCGCAUAGAUCAAGAUGUCCUUAUCAAUACCAUGGAUGUAUUUGUGAAGGAACCUUCCUUGGAUUGGAAAAAUUUUGAAAUGAAGCAGUUGAAAAAAGGGGGCACCUGGACUAAAGAAAUAAACAUCAAUGAGGCGAAUUGGUAUCCCCUGCAGAAAAUAAAUUUUGCCAGAAGAAAGUUAGCAGGUGCAAAUCCAGCUGUGAUCACAAGUGAUGAAUUGCAGUUGGGCCAUGAGAAGUCAAGUGCCUGCAGGGACUAUAUAUCUGUAGCCAAAGGGAGCAAGGAGCACAACCUCAGAGCCAGAGAACCAGAAGAUGGCCUUUCAGAAGAAAUUCAAGUGAAGUGCCUCAUAGACCAAGCCACAGACCCAAACAUCCUUGGCAGAGUUUGGGAAGGAUGGGAGCCCUGGAUGUGAUAGAUCCCAUAGGUGCAUGUGUUCAAAGGAGGAGGUGAAAACUACAUAAACUGAGUAUUGUUCAGAGAAGAAUUCGUCUUUAUUCAUGUUUUCCCAGUUGCAAAGCAGCAGCAGAAUUUACGUAUACUCGGACAAUUCUGUUUUUUGAUUUUAUAAAUACCUACCUGGGAGAUGCAGCAGCCAUUAAAUCAAGAUAUCCAAUUAGAUUAACACAGGGAUGGGCAAACUUCAGCUCUUCGGGUGUUUUGGACUUUAACUCCCACAAUUCCUAACAGCUGGUAGGCUGUUAGAAAUUGUGGGAGUUGAAGUCCAUAACAGCUGAGAGGCCAAAGUUUACCCAUGUCGGGAUGAACACUAAAAAAAAACCUCAUACUGAGAUUACCCUUUAUUUUCUUCAGGAAGAAAACAACACUAGUUUUAACUGUGUUUUUACAGGAAAUAAGCCACAGUUUUGCAUGAGUAUAUUCUUCCAACAUGAGUUGAGUGAUUUAUUGACAGAGUUACAUACAUUGGCUAAUUAAGGUCCUGUUUCUGUGAGCUCUGCAAUUGACUGUUUGUAAAGUUAUAUGUAUAAGUUCACACACCUGUACAUGUUACAUCCUCCAGUAAGCACUUAUAAAUAGAUCCCAAGGUUUGGGUGUAUUUAGACAUAAUGCCGAAUUAUCAACAAAAGUGGUGUCUCAUAAAGAUGUCUUAGGUUCUAACUGUAUCUUUAAAACUAAAAGCAGUGAAGUUGGAAGAAUAUGGCAAAAUCGUUCUGUCAGUAAGAUAAUUUGGUGUUUGAAACAUAUAAGGGUCUGUAAGUUCUAUAGAUGGAUUCAUUUUGGAAUACAUUUUGUAUUGAUUCUCACAUGGAUAUAGUGAAGCACAGUCAAAAUUGGUUGUAAUUUAUAUUUGUCCUUAUUGGGGCUUUGUUUCAAAUUGUGCUAGCAAAGGAAAAGCUGCCUAUUUCUAUAUAUAACAGUCAUAAAACAUGCUUUCAAAUAUGUGCAAUAUUUCUAGCAAGUCAAUUUUACUUGCUUUGAAUUCAUAUUAUAAAAAUGAAGUUAAAGAUUCUUUUGAAAAUUGUGAUCUCAGCCAUUUUUAAGCAAUAGUUUGUUUUCCGUUGUUAAGAGAAAAAAAUACACAAAAUAGAAUUGCUUCCUUUUAUAUUGUUCUCAAUAAAGAUCUUGCUAUAAAUGGA